CGCUGCACUUUCUAAUAGUUUUUCGUUUUAUUUGUGUCCUACGAGAGUAAUCAUUGCUAAGGGAAUGCUGUGUUCCCCUUAGAUAUUUGGCAGCUUUCAGAAUCAUGUCCUUCCCCGCAGAGUUGAAGAAUCUCAUAAUUAUAGGUCCCUGUUUAUCAUCCGUCCUAUGUCCUAACCUGUGGAUGCGCUGUAUGGUGGACCCUGAGACGCCAAGUGUUUCGUGAAAUAUCUUCCAUAGAGCUUCUUGGUGACCUCAUCACGAGACCCGGGAUAGCGAAACAGAAGAUCCAAUGGAACAAAGAAACAUCGAAAUGAGGCGAUAUGCUAUAUGUAGUUGGCUUCUCGAUAGCGGAAUCACUAUUGAAGAAGCUGCUCACCUGUUAAGGAGAGCAGACCGGAAAAGGCGUCGCAUCGCCAAAUCUGUUGCACGUGGCAUCCAUCCUGACGGUGAAUGUGUGCUUCGAGGUGUGGAAGGGUCUACGGGUGUUCCGCAAAAGAUCAGACAUAAGAAGAAGAAGGAAAAGAUGAAAGAGGCAACAGGUGUUCAGCAAAAGACCGGCCAUCGGAAAAUGAAGAAAACAACCGAAGAGGCAACAGCUGCUGAGCAAAAGACUGGACAUCUGGAAAGGGGGGGAACUACCAAAAAGCCAGCAGAUGCGGAUCAAAAGACCGGCCUCCGGAAAAGGAGGAAAACUACCGAAGAGGCAGCAGAUGCGGAUCAAAACACCAGCCAUCGGAAAAGGAGGAAGACUACCGAAGAGGCACCAGGCGCGGAUCAAAAGCCCGGACAUCAGGAAAGGAAGGAGAUUACCAAAGCGGCAGCAGAUGCGGAGCAAACGACCGAACAUCGGAAAAGAAGGAAAGCUACCAAAGAGGCAAGAGUUGCUGAGCAAAAGACUGGACAUCAGCAAAAGAUGGAAACUACCAAAGAGGGAACACUUGCUGAGCAAAAGACGGGACAUCAGGAAAAGAGGAAAAUUACCAAAGAGGAAACCAGUGCUGAGCAAACGACCGAACAUCAGAAAAGGAGGGAAACUACCAAAGAGGCAGCAGACGCACCACAAAAGACCAGUCAUCGGAAAAGGAGGGAGACUACGAAAGAGGGAAGGAAUGCUGAGCAAACGACCGGACACCAGGAAAAGAGGGGAACUACCAAAGAGGGUACAGGUGCUGAGCGAAACACCGGCCGUCAGGCAAGAAAGGGAACUGCCAACGAGGGAACAGGUGCUGAGCAAAACGCCGUACACCAGGAAAAGAGGGAAACUACCAAAGAGGGAACAGGUGCUGAGCCAAAGACCAUACACCCGGAAAAGAGGGAAACUACCAAGGGAACAGGUGCUGAGCUAAACACCGGACGUCAGAAAGGAAAGGGAACUACCAACGAGGGAACAGGUGCUGAGCAAAACGCCGUACAUCAGGAAAAGAAGAAAACUACCAAAGCGGGAACAGGUCCUGAGCGAAAGACCGGACACCAGGAAAAGAGAGAUACUACUAAGGGAACAGGUGCUGAGCAAAAGACCGGACACCAAGAAAAGAGCGAAACCACCAAAGAGGGAACUGGUGCUGAGCCAAAGACCAGACACAAGGAAAAGAGGGAAACUACCAAGGGAACAGGUGCUGAGCUAAACACCGGACGUCAGAAAGGAAAGGAAACUACCAACGAGGGAACAGGUGCUGAGCAAAACGCCGUACAUCAGGAAAAGAAGAAAACUACCAAAGCGGGAACAGGUCCUGAGCCAAAGACCGGACACCAGGAAAAGAGGGAUACUACUAAGGGAACAGGUGCUGAACAAAAGGCCGGACGUCAGGAAAGAAAGGAAAUUACCAAUGAGGAAACAGGUGCUGAGCAAAAGACCGGACACCAAGAAAAGAGCGAAACUCCCAAAGAGGGAACAGGUGCUGAGCCACAGACCGGACACCAGGAAAAGAGGGAUACUACUAAGGGAACAGGUGCUGAACAAAAGGCCGGACGUCAGGAAAGAAAGGAAAUUACCAAUGAGGAAACAGGUGCUGAGCAAAAGACCGGACACCAAGAAAAGAGCGAAACUCCCAAAGAGGGAACAGGUGCUGAGCCACAGACCGGACACCAGGAAAAGAGGGAUACUACUAAGGGAACAGGUGCUGAACAAAAGGCCGGACGUCAGGAAAGAAAGGAAACUACUAACGAGGGAACAGGUGCUAAGCAAAAGACCGAACACCAAGGAAAGAGGGAAACUACCAAAGAGGGAACAGGUGCUGAACAUAAGCCCGGAUAUCCGGAAAAGAUGGAAACCACCAUGGGAACAGGUGCUGAACAAACGACCGGACAUCGGGAAAGGAGGGAGACAACCAAAGAGGGAGCAGAUGUGGAGCAAACGACCGAACAUCGGGAAAGGAAGAAAACUAGCAAAGAGGCAACAGCUGCUGAGCAAAAGAACGGACAUCAGGAAAGGAGUGAAAAUAUCAAAGACGCAACUGUUGUUCAGCAAAAGACCGGACAUCACGAAAGGAGGGAAAGUAUGAAAAAGCCAACAGUUGUUCAGGAAAAGACCGGACACCAGCAUAGGAGGAAAGAUAUAAAAGAGGCAACAGCUGUUCAGCAAAACACCAGACAUCAGGAAGGGAGGGAAUAUAUCAAAGAAGCAACAGGUCUUCUGCAAGAGACAGGACACCAGGCAAGGAGGGGGAAUAUCAAGGAGGCAACAGGUGUUCAGCAAAAGUCCGGACAUCAGGAAGGCAGGGAAAAUAUCAAAGCGACAAGAGUUGUUGAGCAAAAGUCCGGACAUCAGGAAAGGAGGGAAAAUACCAAAGAAGCCACAGGUAUUCAGCAAAUGAGUAUACAGCACGAUAGGAAGGAAAACACAGCAGCGGCAACAGUUGUUCAGCAAAAGACCGGACAUGAGGAAAGGAGGAAAAAUAUGAAAGAGGCCACAGUUGUUCAGCAAAAGACCGGACAUCAGGAAAGGAUGGAAAAUAUCAAAGAGGCAACAGUUGUUCAGCUAAUCACCAGACAUGAGGAAGGCAGGGAAAAUAUCAGAGCGACAAGAUUUGUUCAGCAAAAGUCCGGACGUCAGGAAAGGAGGGAAAAUACCAAAGAAGCCACAGGUGUUCAGCAAAUGAGUAUACAUCACUAUACGAGGGAAAACACAGCAGAGGCAACAGUUGUUCAGCAUAAGACCGGGAAUCACGAAAGGAGGGAAAAUAUGAAAGAGGCCACAGUUGUUCAGCAAAAUACUGGACAUCAGGAAAGGAUGGAAAAUAUCAAAGGGGCAACAGUUGGUCAGCUAAUCACCAGACAUGAGGAAGGCAGGGAAAAUAUCAAAGCGACAAGAUUUGUUCAGCAAAAGUCCGGACGUCAGGAAAGGAGGGAAAAUAUCAAAGAAGCCACAGGUGUUCAGCAAAUGAGUAUACAUCACUAUACGAGGGAAAACACAGCAGAGGCAACAGUUGUUCAGCAUAAGACAGGGAAUCACGAAAGGAGGGGAAAUAUGAAAGAGGCCACAGUUGUUCAGCAAAAUACUGGACAUCAGGAAAGGAUGGAAAAUAUCAAAGGGGCAAGAGUUGGUCAGCUAAUCACCAGACAUGAGGAAGGCAGGGAAAAUAUCAAAGCGACAAGAUUUGUUCAGCAAAAGUCCGGACGUCAGGAAAGGAGGGAAAAUAUCAAAGAAGCCACAGGUGUCCAGCAAAUGAGUAUACAUCACUAUACGAGGGAAAACACAGCAGAGGCAACAGUUGUUCAGCAUAAGACAGGGAAUCACGAAAGGAGGGGAAAUAUGAAAGAGGCCACAGUUGUUCAGCAAAAUACUGGACAUCAGGAAAUGAUGGAAAAUAUCAAAGAGGCAACAGUUGUUCAGCUAAUCACCAGACAUGAGGAAGGCAGGGAAAAUAUCAAAGCGACAAGAUUUGUUCAGCAAAAGUCCGGACGUCUGGAAAGGAGGGAAAAUACCAAAGAAGCCACAGGUGUUCAGCAAAUGAGUAUACAUCACUAUAUGAGGGCAAACACAGCAGAGGCAACAGUUGUUCAGCAUAAGACCGGGAAUCACGAAAGGAAGGAAAAUAUGAAAGAGGCCACAGUUGUUCAGCAAAAUACUGGACAUCAGGAAAGGAUGGAAAAUAUCAAAGAGGCAGCAGUUGUUCAGCUAAUCACCAGACAUGAGGAAGGCAGGGAAAAUAUCAAAGCGACAAGAUUUGUUCAGCAAAAGUCCGGACGUCAGGAAAGGAGGGAAAAUAGCAAAGAAGCCACAGGUGUUCAGCAAAUGAGUAUACAUCACUAUACGAGGGAAAACACAGCAGAGGCAACAGUUGUUCAGCAUAAGACCGGGAAUCACGAAAGGAGGGAAAAUAUCAAAGAGGCCACAGUUGUUCAGCGAAAUACUGGACAUCAGGAAAGGAUGGAAAAUAUCAAAGGGGCAACAGUUGUUCAGCUAAUCACCAGACAUGAGGAAGGCAGGGAAAAUAUCAAAGCGACAAGAUUUAUUCAGCAAAAUUUCGGAUGUCAGGAAAGGAGGGAAAAUAUCGAAGAGCGAACAGUUGUUCAGCAAAAGACCGGAUAUCAGGAAAGGAGGGAAAAUACUCAAGUGGCAACAGGUGUUCAGCAAAUGGCUAUACAUCAGGAUAGGAGGGAAGAUAUCAAAGAGGCAACAGCUGUUCAGCAAAAGACCAAAAAUCAGAAGAGGAAGGAAAGGAGGAGGCGAAAAAUGCUGCUAUGUAAAGCAAUGGAGGAGAACACGCAGAAGAAUGGCAAGUCGUCCGUGCCUUAAGCAAAUACCACGAAAUCUGGGGAUGGAACCGAACGUGGAACUUUCACCCUAGUGGAAUUGUAACCCUAGUUGAAUAAAGCAUUUGCUACA